AUGUCAACAAACAAGGCCGAUCGUGAGAUGCAGAAUCGGCGUGAGGACCUCGUGGCCCAGGGCUCUAUCCGUCUCUCGACCACGACCGCCGACCCGAGCAAUAACGCUACUGAUAACCCCAAGGAGAUGAUGGUCAAGCUUAUUAGUGCCGCGUCGAAGAGUCGGAUGGACGUGUCCGUAUCUGCGAGCCAGGUCAGCGCUCUCGUCAGGCAUACUCCCGCCAUGUCGGUAGGCGCGUCUACCGAAGCCCAGCAGAUGAAGGACCUGGUACCGAGUCGAGUGUCUCCGAUGGCCGAGUGA